GGGGUGGGACCGAGUGGCCGCCUUGCCCUCAGCCCGGGUCUCCUUGAGCGACGGGGUUUCAUUUCACCGGAGCGAGACCGAGGCGGUCUGGAAUCGGCCGCGGGCGGCUGACCCGGGAGGGGUGGAGCCGGUGCUCUGGAAUGCCCCAACUUGUUAUCAGAGGACCAGAGUGUUUCUGGACACGCACUGAAUGCCCGCUACUUCCAGGCUUCGAGCUAGGAGCUGUGGGCGAUGCAGGGGUUUGCCUUUUCUGUGGUACAGCAGAGUCCAGUACAUUAUUAUUUACUGACCAGAUUUCCAGCCGGUUCUCGGUGUCACCGUCACUCUUCCCUGGUACCGCAGCACCCAGUUCCCUAGCUUUUAAUAGGAUCAUGGAUUUCCCAGGACACUUUGAACAGAUCUUCCAGCAGCUGAAUUACCAGAGACUUCAUGGCCAGCUGUGUGAUUGUGUUAUUGUGGUGGGGAAUCGGCAUUUUAAAGCUCACCGCUCCGUACUGGCAGCAUGCAGCACGCAUUUCCGAGCCCUGUUCUCAGUAGCAGAGGGAGAUCAGACCAUGAACAUGAUCCAGUUGGAUAGCGAGGUAGUGACAGCAGAGGCCUUUGCCGCACUGAUUGACAUGAUGUAUACCUCCACCCUCAUGCUGGGGGAGAGCAAUGUUAUGGAUGUCUUAUUGGCAGCCUCUCACCUGCAUUUGAACUCUGUUGUUAAGGCAUGUAAACAUUACCUAACAACAAGGACACUGCCCAUGUCUCCCCCCAGUGAGCGCGUUCAGGAGCAGAGUGCCCGCAUGCAGCGCUCUUUUAUGCUGCAGCAGCUGGGUCUAAGCAUCGUGAGCUCAGCCCUCAAUUCCAGCCAGAGUGGGGAGGAGCAGCCGGCCCCCAUGAGCUCAUCGAUCCGCAGUAACCUGGACCAGCGGACACCCUUCCCCAUGAGACGCCUUCAUAAGCGCAAGCAGUCUGCAGAGGAGCGGGCCAGACAGCGCCUCCGGCCCACCAUGGAUGAGUCUGCCAUUUCUGAUGUCACGCCUGAGAAUGGGCCAUCGGGGGUUCAUUCUCGAGAGGAGUUCUUUUCACCAGAUUCUCUGAAAAUUGUGGAUAACCCUAAGGCUGACGGCAUGACCGACAACCAGGAAGACAGUGCCAUCAUAUUUGACCAGUCUUUUGGUGCUCAAGAAGAUGCCCAGGUGCCCAGCCAGUCUGACAACGGUGCCGGCAACAUGGCACAGUUGUCCAUGGCCUCUCGUGCAACUCAGGUUGAGACUAGUUUUGAACAGGAAGCUGUGACUGAAAAAAGCGCUUUUCAGUGUGAAAAUCCUGAGGCCGGCCUUGGUGAAAAGGAGCACAUGAGAGUGGUGGUAAAAUCUGAGCCCCUGAGCUCUCCUGAACCUCAGGAUGAAGUGAGCGAUGUGACCUCACAGGCAGAAGGCAGCGAAUCUGUGGAAGUGGAAGGAGUUGUGGUCAGUGCCGAGAAGAUAGACCUCAGCCCUGAAAGCAGUGACCGGAGUUUUUCAGAUCCCCAGUCUAGCACUGAUAGGGUAGGUGACAUCCAUAUUUUGGAAGUCACAAAUAACCUAGAACAUAAAUCCACUUUUAGCAUUUCAAAUUUUCUUAACAAGAGCAGAGGAAGUAACUUUAGUGCAAAUCAGAACAAUGAUGACAAUAUCCCAAACACCACUAGUGACUGCAGACUGGAAGGCGAGGCCCCCUAUUUGUUGAGUCCAGAGGCUGGGCCUGCAGGAGCGCCCUCCUCAGCCUCUGGCUCUCACGUGGAGAACCCAUUCAGUGAGCCUGCCGACUCCCACUUCGUUAGGCCAAUGCAGGAAGUGAUGGGCCUGCCUUGUGUGCAGACUUCGGGCUACCAAGGAGGAGAACAGUUUGGGUUGGAUUUUUCCAGGUCUGGUUUGGGGCUCCACUCCUCCUUCUCCAGGGUAAUGAUGGGCUCCCCAAGAGGAGGAGCCAGCAACUUUCCAUACUACCGCCGCAUAGCUCCCAAGAUGCCAGUGGUAACUUCUGUCAGAAGCUCACAGAUCCCAGAAAACCCUGCCAGUUCCCAGCUACUGAUGAAUGGGGCCACAUCCUCGUUUGAAAACGGCCAUCCUUCCCAGCCUGGCCCUCCACAGUUGACCAGGGCAUCUGCUGAUGUCCUGUCAAAGUGCAAGAAGGCCUUAUCAGAGCACAACGUCUUGGUUGUCGAGGGAGCUCGCAAGUAUGCCUGCAAAAUCUGCUGCAAGACUUUUCUGACCUUGACUGAUUGCAAGAAGCACAUCCGUGUUCACACAGGUGAGAAACCCUAUGCCUGCCUGAAGUGUGGCAAGAGGUUCAGCCAGUCCAGCCACCUGUAUAAACACUCGAAGACUACCUGCCUGCGCUGGCAGAGCAGCAAUCUCCCCAGCACUUUGCUCUAACCCCAGCUUCUUGAAAUAGUGCCCACGCCGGUUGUAGGACUGAAAUUAAAUCUCAUGGUUGGUGGCUAACGCCAUUAGGUUUAGGCUUCAGGCUGCCCAGUGGCUCUUGCAAGUUUCCACGAGUAAUAAGUAGAGAACUAAUACUCGUAGCGCUUGUGCCCUUGCAUUUCUUUUGAAAUGCGCAUUCUCAGAGGGAUGAGAUCCCUGAAACCAAGUUCUUCCUUAGGAUUGAGUCAGAAAGUAGUUUGCAAUUGAUGUUGUUAAAAGUGGCACAUU